GGCACGCGCAACUUUGUUUCAUUCACCAAGUUUCCUGACAGUGCUCAAGUAACCUCUGCUGGCCAUGAACUUCCUCCACUCUAGCCUGCACCACCCCGCGCAGCGCGCCUGGAGCGAGCCGCAUUUGCACCCGUCGCAGCUCAUGUACCCGUUGUUCGUGACGCUGCGAAGCGAAGACAAGCCGAUUCGCGGACUCGAGCCGGAGCUGCAGUGGGGCCAGGGUCCUAACGGCGACUACGCCUCGCUGGUGGCCCAUCUGCGUGCCCUCAUGGCCAAGGGUCUGACCAACGUUAUGCUCUUUGGUGUCGUGGAGGACAAGGACGCUCGCGGCUGCAUGGCCGACGACGAGGCCACGCCCGUUAUCAAGUGCACCAAGGCACUGCGCAAGGCGCUUCCCGAGCUUAUGGUGGCUUGCGACGUCUGCAUGUGCGAAUACACGGACAACGGUCACUGCGGUAUCCUUCGCGAAGUGGACGGCGAGCAAGUGCUGGACAACGAGCGCACUCUUGAGCGCCUCAGCAGCAUCGCUCUGGCCUAUGCCAAGGCUGGAGCGCACAUGGUUUGCCCGUCCGACAUGAUGGACAACCGCAUCGGUGCCAUCCGCAAGAUCUACAACGAGAACGGCUUCGAGCACGUGUCUAUCAUGGCCUACACAUCCAAGAAGGCCUCGGUCAUGUAUGCACCCUUCCGCGACGCCGUCGAGUCCACGUUCCAGGGAGACCGCAAGCGCUACCAGCACCCCGUGGGCAGCACGAGCCAUGCUGCACUGGCGUUCGAGCGCGACGUGCAGCAGGGCGCGGACAGUGUCAUCGUUAAGCCGUCGCUCUUCUACUCGGAUAUCGUGGCUAACUUCGCCGCUAAGAAGAUGGUACCUGUUGUGUGCUACCUCGUGUCAGGCGAGUACAAGAUGGUCAAGGACUACGGUGACUCCACCAACUCGCUUGAAGCUGUGGUGCGCGAGGCCCACCUCGGUCUGCUGCGUGCCGGUGCCAGCGUGCUUAUCACGUACUUCACCCCAUACAUCCUGGACCGCUGUGCCAAGUGGUAAAAGACGAAGCGUACAGACACGACCAACACUCUGGCUGCCUUUGCGUUGUAAUAAUCGAUCUUUCCUGCAGGCCAUUGGGGUCUUCGCCAACACCUCCGCCUUGUUGACAACAAUUUGUUGUGAAUCAACUUGAGAUGAAUAUAUGUGAUGUGUGCAGACUCAUGUUAUUAAAGUUUCUUUUCCAC